GCUUCCGCAGCUCCUUCGGCAAGGGCUAGGGAUUCGGCGUUCUUCUUUCUUGAGGCAAUGGCUGAGGAGGCAGCGGAGCAGCAGAGCGGGGAGGUGGCCGCGGCCGCGGUGGUGGGCCUGCUCGGGUUCAAGCCGCAUCUGGCGGUGCCAGGGAUGAAGGCGGACGCGGCGGUGCAGUUCUACAAGGCGGCGUUCGGUGCGGAGGAGCUCCGGCGGGUGGCGCAUCCCAAGCGCAAGGCCGAGCAGGAGCUUCCUCUCAUCCUCUUCGCCGAGCUCAAGAUCGGCUCCUCCCUUCUCCUCGUCAGCGACUGUUUCGACGCAGCGGGAGAAGGGGGGACCGCGGCUGUGAUCAGCGGAGGGAUCUCGUUUCGGCUCGAGGCGGAGGACGUGGAGGCGGCCGUGAAGAUGGCGGUGGCCGCUGACGCGGAGGUUGUGAGCGAGGUGGCGGAAGACGAGAGCGGCGUCGUAGUGAAGCUGAAGGACCCCUUCGGCGUUGUGUGGGUCGUCUCUGCCGCCGUCGGAAACAAGACCCUCGACGCCGAGGCUGAGGCUUGAUCUAAGCCGUCCACCUCUCUCUCUCUCUCCCUUCUUCUUUAGGUCAAUUGCGUCAUUAGCAGUAGCAAAGCUGGUACUCAUGACAAUUCCCCUCAGUUAGCUCUCUAAUCUCAUCGUUUUGAUGCUACAGUCUAGUGCGCUACCUCUUCUUCUUGCUUGCAUUGUUCUGUAGCUGUUCUUCCACCCCCUGGUCGCCAUGCACGGAUGGUGUUUGAUCAAUGUUCCACUGACCACAACACGUCUCAUUUACCGUUCUUCAGCUUAACUCUACGCUUUACUUGUGCACUGCUGUGUUCUCCGUACUCGAGGAAUGGUGACAUGCCAAGAAUAAGGCUGUUCUCUGUC